UUGCAGCUGAAAGGCUGGAAAUCACGAAGAAGCAAGAGGAAUUGAACGAGCGGGUGGAGAUUGAGGCGACGGAGGAGGAGGACAUGUCGGCUGAGACCGAAAUUGAGGUGUCCGUCGUCUCGGAGGAAGAUCUUGAAGCUUCAAGAAGCAGCUCCACACCCGCAGAGAUGUUACUUCAAGAGAAAAGUAAACAUGGCUGUGGUUUAGGCAGCCAUCCAUUUAGUUUUGACGGUAGUAAAGCUGCACUUAGACCCGCUUGUAAUGCUCAAUAUACAUCAUUCAGCAUAUCCAGCAUUUUGGGACGUUCUGAAUCACCGUCGGCAGAUGCCACCGCAGCAGUUUCCAUUGUGCGAACGUCCGACGCUGAAAGAGCAUCUCCACCAGCUGCUACUACUUCACAAAAGCUCGUAGCUUCUUGCGGAUCUUCCCCGUCGGAGAGGAUACUCUCGCCAACGUCAUUAAUAUUAACUGGAGGACACAGUAGGUCUGCGAGUCAAGCAACUGAAGCUCGAAGUAAUCCUACAACCGGGUUAUCAUGGAGUUCUAGUGCUACUAGUCCACCUAGUUUUCCGUCUUCUGGUGAUCCGACCAAUCCUCUUAUGGGACAUCAAGCAUCAGCAAAUCUCGCUAUGUUAUCAAGGCUGGGAUUAGUUUCAUCAUUAAUCGAAAGGUAUCCAAUUGGGGUUGGAGGUGUCUUUUUUCCAUCAACACUUCAACACCUUCAACAACAGCAUCACUCAAGACUUGCGGCUGUUGCAAGUUCAGCAUUAAGCAAUGCUGGCCAAUCAGAUGCUAGUGAAUCAGAUGGAAUACGUGGGGUUUUACCUGGUAACGGAGGCUGGCCGUUUCCAUGGAGGCCGACACAUGGUCUGCAGAGUCUUGAACAUCCAUCAAGUGAUGUCGUUGGAUCACACAGUCGUGUGAGUCCUCCUUCAGGAUCCUAUCUGAAACGAGAAGACCUGGAUGAUGACAACCCAUCAGACGACAGACUACAUCGAGGUGGACGAAGUCCUUCAACAGGUGACGAAGUUCAUGAAGACUUAGGCGAUGAUGACGGUAUUGAUGGUGAUGAUGGUGAAUCUCCUGGAUCAGGUGGUCACCAUGGGUCAUCUACAAGUGGUAGUGGUAAUCAAGGAGUGCAAGUCAACGUGAAUGGUCAAGACUCAAAUGUGAAACGUAAAAAGAAAACUCGUACAGUGUUUUCACGCUCUCAAGUGUUCCAAUUAGAAACAACAUUUGAAAUGAAACGGUAUCUCUCAUCAUCAGAACGAGCGUCAUUAGCAGCAUCACUUCGAUUAACAGAAACGCAGGUUAAAAUUUGGUUUCAAAAUCGUCGCAACAAAUGGAAACGUCAACUUGCAGCUGAAAUUGAAGCGUCUAGCAUGGCGCACGCGGCACAGCGGCUGGUACGCGUGCCGAUUCUUUAUCACGAAGCAAGUGGGACAGGGAAUACGGUAGUGGCAACGUCAGUUGGAAGUGGAGUAUCAGUACCACCACCAAGUGGGACAGCAUCACUUGCUGCGUCAACAGGACCACAUUCUGUGGGUGUUGCGGUUGGAGUUGGAACCUCUUGUGCUCCGUGCACAACAGCACCUCCAAUCUUCUACUCUCCGCAUCAUCAACAUCACCACCAUCAUCAUCCACCGCACGUCCAAGCCCAUAGUCUUUUACCUCAUCAAGUGCACCCACAACCGCCGCCUCCACCACCGCCACCGCCUAAUUCUCAAGCUCAGUCUUCACAAUAACCUUACGUUUUACCCCUACGCUCUGGACUCGACGUCCGCUAUUCGAGGUUCCUCGCUGCACCGUGAUAAUCACGACGAUACUCUUUAUUGUAAUAUUAAUAAUGGUGAUGAUAAUUAUAUUGAUAAGUAUUGUAAAGAAGAGUUUUAUUGCGGACUUCACUUGACAUCCAACGCACCGCUUACAUCAACGAUUCGUACUUGCCCGAUUGUCCUAAUAUUAUUAUUGAUAUCGACGAAUAAACGACGAUGCUACGUGUCAAUAUACGCGAAUAUUUGCAUUACUUUUUUUUCCUCUUGAAUGUCUUUUUUUUCAU